CGCAUGGUCAAUGCUUCCAGCGAUUGCCGUUACGCAGCGCUGACAGUGCCGUCGGUCAUACGGUCACGCGCUCUCGUGUUCACCGUGUUCACCCUCACUGUCCUCAUCACUGUACCAUAGACUACCAAUAGCGCUGUCGGCUCUCGUGAACGGCCUUGUUUCCGACAGAGACGCCAUGCCCUCUGCUUGCUGCACGAAACGUAAGCGCCAUCUAGAAGCUUCGGUUCAGCAGCGUCUGUUCAUGUCUUCAAGCUACAAGUCUGUAACUUUUCAAGGCACCUUCAGUUCGGACAAAUCGCGUGUAGACAGACACGCUGGCUGCAGGCCUGCUGCUUCAGCCUCCCAGCGCCCCGAGUGGAAUGACAGCACCAGGGUCUCAGCCCCCGUUGACAAGUUCUGCAGGAAAGAGACGUACAACAAGACACGUGCUUUUGCCAAGGCAGCUAGGAAGACAGGGCAGGAUGCGGACGCUCGGGUAAAGACGGACACAAUGGAAGAAGCGACCAAAUCGCCAAGGACCUCCGGGCUGCUCGCCUUCAAGCUCCCGGACUUCUCUUUCCUCUUUAAACCAGUCUGCUUCUCCCCUGACUGUUCUGACGUCGACCGUCAUUUUCAGGCCUGGCCUCAAAAAAAGGCUCGCAAGUUCUAGCCAUAACCUACUGGUGCAACCCUUUGAACUGACAUUUUCCUAUGCUUAUGUGUUUCUAAAUAUGUACUACACGUAGUAAAUUUUUGGGUCGGCGUAACUGCUGACAUUUCUUAUAGAAAAGCUUGUGGUUCCCACCUUGUAUUCAUGUCAUAACUCUUCUCUGUGCAAAUAUUGGUAAGUGUGUAUGUAGACGUUUCUGCAUAACGACAGUUGCAACACAGUCGAUUUUUCACAAGUCCAGGAAUCCGGAACAUUCACUACUGCCACGAGGCCGACCCUGGCGUAAUGCGGUUGGCAUAAAUCUAUGGAAAGCGUUUAAAAAAGAGAUUGCCGAGCAAUGCCUCGUGUUUCGCAAAUUGCACCAUAUCCACUUAAUCCCGCCAACUGUCUCACGCCUUAUGUCGCGUCUAGUUUAACUGCGCUGGCUGGAUUUUUUUCCUGGGACACUUUCGUAGACCCGUUUAAAAUGGACGGGGUGAUUGUUUAAAUGCUGAUUGCAGCGCAGCGAGAACUCAUCCGAUAAUUGAUCCCU